CUCGCAUCCUCGGAUGUUCGCAAGUUCGCAUCCUCGCAUUUUCGCUACUCAAGUCGAUGAUUGACUAGAGCCUAAGACAAAGUUCAUAAUGGACUCAGCAAGUACUACCGCUCAACGGCGGGGACGGCUACUGAGAAAGUCUCGAUCAGGCUGUCGAGACUGUAGACUCCGAAAGGUCAAGUGCGAUGAGAUUAAGCCUGUUUGCUCGAACUGUCGCCGACGAUAUGUAAAUAUCCAGUGUUGUGACUGGACAACGGAUGCUCCUCACAACGGCGGUUAUAGCUCCCGAUCCGAUGCCCUGCACCGACUAUCAGAGGAUAGCCGAUCAUCAGAGGAUAUGGCAGUGCAGGGCGCCUUGAAUUACACCAAGAAUGCACCUAUCCAUUCCUUAACGUUGCAUCCCAGGUCGGAGGCAAACACGAGUCAAUGGCGGACUCUAGAGCUACGCUUGAUGUACCAUUAUACUGCCGUGGUUAGCCACACCAUGCCCGACUGCAAUGGCGCGUCCGCAAGGUCGUGGGAGCGAACCAUACCACAGUUAUCAUUCGAUUCCGAAGUGGUUCUGAACCCGAUGAUGGCGCUGUCUGCGCUCCACCUCCACGCUCAUUCACCCAACGAUUCUGCCAUGGCCGUUGCCUUGAGACGGUAUCUCGACCGAACCCUCGUGAACCACCGUCAAGCUCUGUCAAAUCCCGGUGGAAGUCUUUCGGAACAGCUUUGGCUCUCGGCGGUCCUGAUUACUCAUGUGUACUGGCUGCUCGCACAUCAAACGCAACUCAACGAGGGGUAUGAGCUUCCAAUUUCGACCAUGAAGAUGCUGGAAGGGGUUAGUGUCCUCUUCGCCCGAAACAAGGUAUUCCUUGGUAAACUGGGAUAUGGACCAUUUGAGCAUGAGGCCCUGCCUCAGAUAGCACCAGGAGGCGAAUUAUCAAUGGCCGCUAAAGUGCAACUACACGACAUUGAGGAGGAUCUCACCUACUUGCUGGAUGCAUUCGACAUUGUGGCAAUGCCGGAAGACAUCAAGAGCAUCUAUGUGGGAGCGAAAGAUUACGUGCUGUACCAUUACCGAGCAUUCUACUCCGGCACUGCUACCAAGACUCUUCGGCGGUUCAUUGUAACCAUGGCUGUGAGAUGUCACCCGAGGUAUCGUGGCAUGCUCGAAAAACACGAUCCGCUCGCGAUGGCACUGCUGGCUAGAAUGUUGGUCCUGCUGAGAGGACUGGACUUUGCUUGGUGGGUGAGUGGAAAAGGAGAAUACGAAGUUGUGGAACGAGACGUCAGAGGCAUCCGUGAACUAAUGCCCGCGAACUUGCGCUGGGCAAUAGAUUGGCCAUGUAGGGUCUUAGAUGGGGACAUUGUACUGAACAGGGACUGA